CAUCGACUUGACAAAACCAAGGAUUGUUCUUAGUGUCUGGUUCGGGAUUAUCUGCAGUUUGUUGCCUAACUUUUCUUCUGGAACUGCAUAUUGUAUUACUGGUGCUUCAUAAAUGAUUCUCGAUUUAACCAAUGCAUUGUAUACUUCCAACAUUCUUUUAGGAUGCGCUCCCCAUUCCUUAAUCCCAAACUUUUCCCCAAAUGUACGACUUUUUUUUUGGGACGGAGGGAGUAUAAAAUUAAAGUUAAUUUUUACAGUUUUUCACAUAAUUUCCUUCGCAAAACACUUCAGUGGCUUCAGUGUAAAUAACAACAACUCUCCACCACGUGACACUGACACCUUCUAAAUGCCAUCAGCGCCGCGUAUUAGAAAAAGGAAGAAGUUCAGUGUAAUUUGGAAAUGGAGGCGAAUUCGUGAACAAGAGAAAAAAAAACCCAAAACAAGACGUUUUCGUAGAAAAUAGUGACUUUUUUACCCUAAAAUUAGUGCUAUAGGACAAAGAAGUAGAUACAUUCAGGUUCACAGUGUUAUCUUAUGAGCUCGGAACGACAGAAAACAGACGACGAUUCAAGGGCAUCUCAAGGAUCGUCGUCGUCCUCAGAGUCACAGGACACAAAGACAUUGUCCGUGCACAGUCUGGGAAUAAUACCCGACACCCACGCCUCAACCAGUGCUGAGAGGGAAGAGGAAAUGAAGAGGGCAGCCGUGAAGAAGCGCAUCGAAAGGUACUUCUAUCAAUUGCUGGAAGGAUGCGGCAAUACAGGAUGUGGCAAUCGCUUCUGUGCUUCCAGUGGCAAAGUACCCGCCCUGACGCCCGAUCAGGCGGCUGCCAGAGCUCUUCAGCUCUUUGCCGAGGAAGCCAAGCUCUGCACAUCCGUUCAGCCGUCCAAAGUGGCUCGUACGGAGGACAGUGAAAUGUGUCCCAAUCACUCAGACACAAGUUCGGAAUCCAUGUCUAGCACGCGGAAAGACGGUGAAUCAUCAAGUGAUGCCUCCAUGUCACAAUCCUCGAGUCAUAUGAACUCUAGUCAGGCCAGAGAAAGUCAUGGGAGUGCCACAGAGAGCUCAAGGGCCUACCUAGAUGAGGAGGUGAUUGAGAAUCUGGUGGUGAGUUGUAUCAAUAAGAACUCACCACUGCAGUUGAUCCGCAGCCUUGGGGCUAUUUUUUCGUCCACCGAAGCCGUAGCUGGUAGUUUCCGGGCCCGAGCUGUUACUCCCAUUGACUUAUUGCUGCGCAAAGCACCCCAGAAAGACCUUCGGAAUCUUACGAAAGAGGAUCUGAGGUCACUGGAGGGGGACCUGGACAAGGAUGAGGAUAGUUCGUGUGCUGGGAAAGAAACCCCACCAGAAAUCCAUGAGACUGAUGUGGAUGUUAUGGGUCUCAGGAGAUCAGUAAAGCAAUUAUUUGGCGUGGAUGAUCCACAGGCCAAUAAACCCAAAAAUAUCUUUCCGGUGUUUGAGCCAGUGAACAAUGCCCUCCAGACUCUCGCCACCUCACUCAAGAUCGAUCUCGAGAUCACGACUCAGCGCGAAGCCAUCGAGGACAUCAUCAGAAUCUUCGUCAUUGUCUUCGAAGUCAUGUGCAUUGCGCCUGCGGAGUUCCUCGAAGGAGCUCUGACGCGAAUGUGCAGCGCUGCUGCGAAUCUUCCAACGUGGGCUCAGGCACGCCUUGCAUGGAUCUGGGCACGUAAUUGUACGCCUAUUUUGCGACCUCUGCUGGAAUCUCUUCAGCAGAUCAUCACGCUGCAGGUGAUUCCAACGAUGAUUCCCGUGCAGGACAAUGAGGCGAUUGUCAAUGCCACGAAAGUGAUGAAGAUAGUGUACUAUGCUGACAUCUUGGCAGGCGAAGUGGAUCCUGUGCAGUUGAGAGAAGAGGAUGCACCGACUGGUGUGAGUGGAGAUGAAGAUCUCGAGGCUACGGCUCGUUGGAGUUUUGACGAUGUCAAAUUCACAUCGACAGCAAAGGCUGAUCCGCUGGCACAGGAAUUGGGUGUGCAGCCGGUUGACUCGAGAAGACCAUUUUUGCCUCUGUCUGAGUUCUACAAUGAAUCAUUGAGUGACACCAUUGAAAUGGACUAUGACUAUCUCAACUACAAAAAUAUGCAUAUGGACGAGAAGAAUAUGAACAGAAAAUUCUGCUUCAUGCUCUACUCGUUCAUCCUUACACCGGCCACAAAGACUCUAGCACUGUACUAUGACAGUCGCAUUCGGAUGUACAGUGAACGGCGGAUUAAUCUGUUCACAACGCAUCUCUCUGGACAGACACCCAAUCCCUAUUUGAAGCUGAAGGUGAGGCGAGAGCAUUUGAUAGAUGACGCUUUGAUUGAACUGGAAAUGAUCACAAUGGAGAAUCCCAAGGAUCUCAAGAAACAGCUGGUGGUGGAAUUUAUGGGGGAACAAGGAAUUGACGAAGGUGGAGUGUCUAAGGAGUUCUUCCAGCUCAUCGUGGAGCAGAUAUUUAAUCCAGAUUAUGGCAUGUUUAUCAAUCAAGACGAUACAAAUACUAUGUGGUUCAAUUCGACAUCCUUUGAAAAUGAAGCCCAAUUCACACUGAUAGGGAUUGUUUUAGGACUAGCAAUAUACAACAAUAUCAUUCUGGCUGUGAACUUUCCCAAGGUGGUCUACCGGAAACUCCUGGGCAUCCGUGGUUCAUUUCCCGAUCUCGAGGAUUGGAAUCCCAAGCUCUUCCGGAGCCUUAAGGCGAUGCUGGAGGAUGAUGAAUCGGACAUGGAGGCGGUAUACAUGCAGACAUUCGAGAUCAAUUACCAAGAUGUCUUUGGAAAUGUGCUGAGGCAUGAAUUGAAACCCAAUGGACGCGAUAUUCCCGUGACUCAGGAGACAAAGAAAGAAUUUGUCGAUCUCUAUACAGAUUAUCUUCUCAAUGGGGCCAUUGAGCGGCAAUUCAGUGCCUUCCGGAAGGGUUUUCGGAUGGUGACGGAUGAAUCUCCGCUGGCGUUGCUGUUUCGUCCCGAAGAAGUGGAAUUGUUGGUGUGUGGGAGCAAAGAAUUUGAUUUUGAGGAAUUGCAGGCUGCUACAGAUUACGAUGGUGGAUACACAGCUGAAUCGCAGGUUAUUCGGAAUUUCUGGGAAAUUGUCCAUGCCCUUCCGGUGGAGGCUCAGAGGCAACUGCUGGAGUUCACCACGGGAUCCGAUCGAGUGCCCGUGGGUGGCCUGAGUAGGCUGAAGAUGGUGAUUGCGAGAAAUGGACCGGACAGUGAUAGAUUACCGACCAGUCACACGUGCUUCAAUGUCCUCCUGCUGCCCGAGUAUGCAACCAAGGAGAAGCUCAAGCGACUCCUGCUCAAGGCCAUCAGCUACUGCAAGGGAUUCGGGAUGCUGUGAAAUUGGGGGCUGACAGAAUGAAUGACGAGAGUAAACAAGUCUUGAAUAUUA